AUGUUUGAGGCCAUUGUUUUACUUGUCCAAAUCCUCAUUAAUUCCAUUCUUAUCCGCGUUUUUGUCUAUUAUUGCCGAGAUUCGUUUUCCAAAAAAGCCGAAACGGCGCCACACGAAAACGCCAAGACGGAGACGAAUCGCUCGACGAAAACUCGUCGAUCAUCUCGAUCAAUUCGACAAGUAUCUACUGCACAACAAGUAUCUACUGCUGUGUCGGCGAGUACUCAACAACAAUCACAAGAUAUGGAUUUUGAGGUGGCUUUCCGAGACCGUGCGCAUACGUUUGGCGACAUUGCGAUCAAGUACCCAAAACAUGAGAUCCCACUCACGCAUAUAUCGCCGACACUGCACAUGUCGGACAAAAGUCAAGCCGGUCCAUCGUCGAGCAUCUCUUCGGCAGCAUUUCCCGGCAGUUCAACAACGCCCAUUUUACCCCCACCUGCACCCGCACUGGGUGCUUCAUUUCCAUCAAUUGGUUCAUCAGUGGGUGGAAUCGGCUCACAGCAUGCGAUGAAUAUGCCACAAAAUCUUUCACAUUGGCAUCAGGCUGGUCCAUCAUCGCUUCCAUCGCCAUUUGUGCCUCCAUCACUCUCGAAUCUUCCUCCAGUUGCUCUUCACUCACCCGGUUCAUCUAGUAUUCGUCCAGUCGUCCCUGCUCCUCAAACACCGACUUUAACUCAAUCCCCGCAAGGUUCCAGCGCCUCAUCCAAGCAAAAGCAACGUCUCUAUUGUGCGGUUUGUGGAGACACGGCACUUGGACGACACUAUGGUGUGAAUGCGUGUAAUGGUUGUAAGGGUUUCUUUCGACGAAGCAUUUGGAAGAAUCGAACGUACGUCUGCCGAUUUGGUGGUCAUUGCCCUGUGUCAAAAGAACAUCGCAAUACUUGUCGGGCUUGUCGGUUGGAGACAUGUCUUCGAGUUGGAAUGAAUCCGAGGGCUGUCCAAAGUGAAGCCGAUCUUGCACAAAGCCAACAAGAACAACAAAUGGCCGCUCAAAUGAAGCGGGAGGCGGAGGAACGGGAUGAAUAUAUCUUCUCCCAAUCUCCCUCCCCCAACUCACCCCCACCACCGUCCGUCGAUCAAUCAGCACAAACCGAUCGACCCGAUCUACAUCUACACCUUGGAACAGGUAGCUUCGAAUCGGGUGAUGGAUAUGGGGCAAUGUCAGUGGAUUCGGUUUAUAUGAGUGGAAAUCCGCCUAGCCUUGACACGAAACAUUUCAGCAAAGAGAGGACCGUACAAAACACGUUGAUGACGAUGAAGCAAAUAUUUGAGAGAACGGAUGAAAGAGGAGAAGAAAUGAGAACGGAAAUGCAUGAUGAAGUGCUGUCUUUUGAGAGAGCUUUCUACAAUCCAGAAUUGAUCGGAAAGAGGAGCAGGCUAGACACAUCUGGAGUUCGACCAGCGUCUAUCAAUGACAUUCUGUUAGAUUUUCGAAGAGCUUUCGUUCUCUAUGCCGACAUUCUCAUUUCGUUGCCCGAGUUUUAUCGAAUGAAUCACGAUGAUCGGAUGGCUCUUGCGAAAGCCCGUUUUGCACCCUAUUAUUGGUGGUUGACAGCGAAUUGGGCUGUUAGAGCCAACGCUCAAGGGUUCUGCUACUCGAAUGGUUCCUAUUUCUCCGCCGACAUGAAACCGCAAGUGUUCCCCGAUUUGAGUGGCAUUUCCGAGAAAUCGCUUGUUUUACUCAAAGAGCCAUUAGAAGAGCUACAGUUGGAUGAGGAUGAAGUGACACUGGCCGGUCUUUUCUUCAUUUUUGCCGAUGAGGUUCCAAAUCUCUCAUCUGAUGGUUGUCGUUAUUUGGAAGAGGCUCGUUCACAUUAUCAGGAACUCCUUCAACUCGUUUGUUCUCGAUCUCGCGGGGAACUCUCGGCCGCAAAUCGAAUCGCCAACAUCACCACCCUCCUAUCGGGAAUCACGAAUUUAACCUAUAUGUCCGGUGAGAGUCUCGAGCUUCCCGAAGUUUUCCGGCUUGUCGAGUCACCCGAUUGGACCCAAGAACUUCGGCUGCAUCAAUAUCAAAGCCCAUUU